UGGUGGUGCGCAUGCUCGACGGGGCCUGUCAGUCUCGUUUCGGGGGGCUGCGCAUUCUCCCCUGCGGCCAGCGGCGCCGCAGCCGCCGGGAAGAUGUCGGGGGCGCCGGCGGUGCGGAUCAGCAUCGAGUCGGCGAGCGAGAAGCAGGUGCAGGAGGUGGGGCUGGACGGCAGCGAGACCUACCUGCAGCCGCUCUCCAUGUCCCAGAACCUGGCGCGCCUGGCGCAGCGCAUCGACUUCAGCCAGGGCUCCGGCUCCGAGGAGGACGAGCCGCCGCCUGGGGCGCAGGCCCGCGACUGGGCCGCGCCCGGGGACGCCGAGGACGAGGAGGGGCUGGUAAAGUUUCAGCCAUCCCUUUGGCCUUGGGAUUCAGUGAGAAACAAUUUAAGAGGUGCCUUGACUGAGAUGUGUGUUCUCUAUGAUGUUCUCAGCAUUGUCAAGGAUAAAAAAUUCAUGACUCUGGAUCCAGUUGUUCAGGAUCCGCUUCCCCCAAAGCAGAAUCCUCAGACUUUACAGUUAAUUUCAAAGAAGAAGUCACUAGCUGGAGCAGCCCAAAUCCUGUUGAAAGGAGCAGAAAGGUUAUCCAAAUCGGUUGCAGAAAACCAGGAAAAUAAGCGACAACGAGAUUUCAACUCUGAGCUCUUGAGAUUGAGACAGCACUGGAAGCUGAGGAAAGUUGGAGACAAAAUCCUUGGGGACCUGAGCUACAGAAGCGCAGGAUCCCUCUUCCCUCACCAUGGGACAUUUGAAGUGAUAAAGAACACCGAUAUUGAUCUGGAUAAGAAGAUACCAGAGGAUUACUGUCCUUUGGAUGUUCAGAUUCCAAGUGAUUUAGAGGGCUCAGCCUAUAUAAAGGUUUCUAUUCAAAAGCAAGCUCCAGACAUAGGUGACCUUGGCACAGUUAACUUGUUUAAAAGACCUCUGCCGAAAUCGAAACCAGGGGCUCCACAUUGGCAGACAAAACUGGAGGCUGCACAAAAUGUUCUCUUAUGUAAAGAAAUAUUUGCUCAGCUGUCUCGAGAAGCUGUUCAAAUUAAAUCACAAAUUCCUCACAUUGUUGUGAAGAACCAGAUCAUCUCUCAACCUUUUCCAGGUUUGCAGUUGUCUAUUUCUUUGUGUCACUCUUCUAAUGAUAAGAAAUCCCAAAAAACUGCUUCUGAAAAACAAAGUCCAGAGGAUCACCUCUAUGUUCUGGAACACAAUUUGCAUCAGCUGAUCAGAGAGUUCCAUAAGCAAACUUUGAGUUCUACAAUGAUGCCACAUCCAGCUAGUGCACCAUUUGGCCAUAAGAGAAUGAGAAUGGCAGGACCUCAGGCUUUUGAUAAAAAUGACAUCAGCUCCUUACAACCAAAUGAAGGGCUUUUGGAAAAGAUCAUUAGACAGGCAAAACACAUCUUUCUGAGACGCAGAACUGCUCAAACCAUUGACAGCCUAGCUAGUCGUAUUGAGGAUCCACAGAUUCAGGCCCAUUGGUCAAACAUAAAUGAUGUUUAUGAAUCCAGUGUCAAAGUUCUAAUAACUUCCCAAGGGUAUGAGCAAAUAUGCAAGUCCAUUCAGCUACAGCUGAACAUUGGAGUUGAACAGAUCAGGGUAGUACACAGAGAUGGAAGAGUUAUUACGUUGUCCCAUCAAGAGCAAGAAUUACAGGAUUUCCUUCUGUCUCAGAUGUCCCAGCAUCAAGUACAUGCAGUUCAGCAGCUGGCUAAAGUUAUGGGAUGGCACGUGUUAAGUUUCAGUAAUCAUGUGGGUCUGGGACCAGUAGAGAGUAUCGGCAAUGCAUCAGCAAUAACUGUGGCAUCGCCAAGUGGAGAUUAUGCUAUUUCAGUACGUAAUGGUCCUGAAAGUGGAAGCAAAGUUAUGGUUCAGUUUCCACGGUGUCAGUGCAAAGACCUCCCCAAAAGUGAUGUGCUACAAGACAGUAAAUGGAACCAUCUUCGUGGGCCAUUCAAGGAAGUUCAGUGGAAUAAAAUGGAAGGGCGUAACUUUGUAUAUAAAUUGGAGCUCCUCAUGGCUGCCCUAACUCCAUGCUAAUUGCCUGACAUCUUACUAAGGAGGACACUGGAUUGCCUCUCAUUUGUAGUGGUAUCAACAAUCACAACAAGGGGAAACCUACCCUGGGAGACAAUACAUGAAAAUAGAAAACAAUGCAAAAGUGUUCAGUUUUGCAGUUCUUUAUAGAUAUGUAUCCAUUGUGAUUAUGUCAGAGCUGUUACUUGCUAUGUGAAAUAAAUGAUUUUUUCAAAUGUUCCUUUCAAUUGAAGUUUAAAAAUACCAUUAAAAUAUUACCUUAUUUUUCUAGCUUGGAGUGUUCAUGUGUGAUACUAGGGUGCAGUUCUGAAGGUUGCUGUUUGUUGCAGAUGCCUAAAAUUGUCUUUGCAUUUUGACUACCGAAAGUUACUGAGAGAACAGCUGACUAAUUUUCAUGAUCAAAUUUCUAAAGAUACUUGAGCUAAUAAACUACAAACAUAAUACAGCUUUCUGGUAAUAUUUUAGAGUGGUUCAGAUCCAAUUGGCUAUCCCAGUUUUCCUUUAUAAGAUAAAGCUCAAUAGCCUGUUCA